CAGAAGCUGAUGUUGAGGCAAUGAAACACUGCCUGUAAGGUGCCUUACACUACCUUGUUGUUCGGUAAUUGCUCACUGGGCUGUAGUGUGUGGUGUGUUCUCUAGCAUUUCUCUUUGUGCUUGGACAAACAUCCAUAGUAUGUUGAUUAUAUUUUAAAAAGACUGUCUUCCUGUCUUCAAUAAGCAUACUUGAAGCUACUAGGAGAGUGCAAUGCAAGUUGGCUUGCUAAGUUUUCUAUUCUCUUAUUUUACACUCAUGAAAGUCCUCUGAGGUGCUUUAACUGUCACCUGUGCUUUGGAGUGGAGACACUGAGACUUUAAUAAAAUCGUGGAUUUUACCAGUGCCCUGUACAUGGCAAAUACUGAAUAGGGAUUCAACAGUCACAUGGUCUGAUUGCCAUGAUCCUGCCAUGACCACUAUGCAACCUUCUCUCCUAUAUAGACAGUCCAUCGCUCGUCUAAAAACUGAAGAAUAGAAAUAGAAUAAAUAAGUAUUUUAUGUUUGUGAUAUGCUGAAAUAAUAUUGCAGCUAGCAAGGCAUCAUUUUUAUGCCAUUUCUUCUUUUUGGCAUUUAGGGUGGAAAGUCCAGAGUUCAAUGACAGAAAUGAAAAUAGACUGCGCUGGGUUGAGUCCCCCACCUCAUUCCCGCUUUGGAGCCCUGAUCUCUCUUUCCUUGCCACACAAAGACACAGUGUGAAGGUGCUGGACUAUGAACCUGGAAGAGCAGCUGAGUCAGUGGGGGGUACAUGAUCAUGGACUUUCAACCUUCAAAGCUGCCCAACCAUAGUUGUCAACCUGAUGGCUCAGUAGCCAUGACUUCACCAGAGCCCACCCAACGCCGCCUCCUGCUGCAUGGACCCAUGAAGCUGACCAAUAAUAACCAGGUCAAGAAGCGUCAUGCCUUUCUGUUCAGUGAUGUGUUGCUCAUUGCAAACAAAGGGUACAAAAAGCAGUUCAAAAUCAAAUUCCGGGUUCCAAUUAACAACAUAUGGCUUGCUAAAAAUACUGUGGGGCAAGGUGACAGUCCUGAAUUAAAAUCUCUGAAGCUAGGAUGGCCUUUGCAGAAUUUUACAGCUAAAUUCUUGUCUGUGGAAUUGAAAGAUAAAUGGCAUUGUUUUCUGGAAAGAUCAAUCACCCAAAGCCAGAAGAUGAAUGGAUUGCAGAAUACUCUAGUGAAGAUCGAUACCAGUAAUAUUAAUAAUUCUUCCAAUUCUGCCAUUUUAGCAGCUCACAAUUUAGAUACCAUCAAAGAUGUUAUCAACAUGGCAUUGCCAGCACUAGGAUUAACUGGCUCAGAAAGAGAUUACCAGCUGUGGGUCCGUUAUGGCAAGACUGACACCCCAUUCCCACUCAUGGGCCAUGAAAACCCAUACACAAUUCAGGAGCACUAUUAUCGAACUUCCAUCCAUCAGUCUGUACCGGGGAAGCCCACCUCUCCCCAUAUCCUUCUGGAGUCCAUCCCAGAGAUCUUAGCAGAUGGAAAACUGCAAUUUAUCCUGAAAUGCCGGGACAAGCCAAAACCCCAGCGUAGAGGUGCCUUUUUCAGAAAUUAUUUGUCUUGCUUGAGCUCUGCAGCAAGCCAGAACGACCUGUCUCCGGACACUGAUUUUUCCGCACAGCCGAUUAGGCUUCAAAUGAAUGAUCUUACAGCAAUUAUUUUGGAGAUGCUUCACUUUUUAAGGCAGAAUGGGCCAUCGACAAAGGGUAUUUUUCAAAACAUUGACAACGUAGACUCAUUUCUAUGUCUGAAGGAAAGAAUUAUGUUUGGACAGACAUUAAAUUGGGAGAAUGAGUCUCCACUUGUCGUGGCAGCCGCAUUAAAGGAUUGUCUUCGGAUCAUACCUGGAACACUUUUUACAAUGGAACUCUAUGAUAGUUGGCUUGGUGUCCUUGAUAAGGAUAAAGUGGAAAUCAGAGAAAUCAAAAGGCUCUUAGAACUCCUGCCCGUAUGCAAUGUGGAUGUCCUGCGGCAGUUAUGUUUGUGCUUAUAUGAGAUAUCGAACAAUGCCUCCUUCAACCUGAUGAGUGCACCCAAGCUAGCUUUUAACAUCACAACAAGUGUGUUUUCACUGUGGAAAUGUACCACACAGAUUGCUUCGAUGGAAAGUGAAAUAGUUAAACAGAUGUCUAUCAUAGAGAUUUUAAUUGAAAACUACCCACAGAUCUUUGAAGACCACAGUGAGUCUUUGCCUAGUGAGAGCUGGGGAGAUUCCAGCACUAGCAGUGGAAACAGCACUAACCAUGAAAUCAUCAUGUGGAAUCCAGAAAAUGGUACAGUUAUGGAGCCAGAUUUUCUGAACUGGGAACCAUUGAGAGCAUCAACACCUAAGUAUUAUCUGGAUUCAGCACAGGAUUCAGGUAUGGAAAAGGAGCUCGGGCUGCUGGGGAAACAUGAUGAGAAACCCAAAAUUGUUGGGGGCACUUAUGUCAUCUGUCCUCUGCCCAGUGAGGAACUGAAGGAUGCCCAUGGCAAUGUCUGAGAGUUCCCUUUCAUGUUGACUUCCAUUUUCCAAAUGAAGGACCUUACCUGGAAAGGUUCCUGUGUGCUUCAGGAAGGUCCUGAGUUCCACCCACGCAUCCUGGAAUUGUGGCAAGCAUUCCAAAGGACAUGGGGGGCACACAUGGGCCAGUUGGAAUGCCCUCUGACACAAUGUGCGAGGACAAGUAUCUUUUCUCAGUCAUAAUUCAGUCUGCAUGCCAUGGUCCCAUUUCACAAGGUAUUAUGUGUUUGAGGGCACACUCCCAAGGUCUGCCAGAAAAGUGUUGCCAGUGCAGAUGGGGUUUUGUACUCUGUGAGCUGAGCUGACCUGCAGUGGACUCUGUUGUAUGUAGGUUUUGUUUUCUGGCCCUCCUCCAGAACACCUGCCAAGGUGAGUCCAGUGACCCCAAUCAGCCAGAAACCGGGAGACCUGGGAUGGAGAGUCUGAGUGUGCCAUGUAUACUGUGUCUUCACAAAAGUGUCACCCCCUCCCGGGGUGUGUUUUGCAUAACAUCCUCGGGUGCCUCUGAAA